AUGAGCGCGGACCUCGCCGAAGACAUACGCCCCUACCAGUCAAGCCUCAAGUCACAUACUGUCUUCUACAACCCCAAAGCGGCGGUGAAGGCCUGGGAGGCGAUGGAAAAUGAGAUGGGUAUCAGCAGCGACGCAGGGCGGCAGCCCGCCCGUCAAAUCUCCCACAUCCUCGCCGUAACAGCAAGACAAGGUUAUCUUCGCUCGGCUUCUGCCGAGGUCAGGUGUGCUAGAACCAUAGAUGACUACUUGCAGUUAGAGCAAGAGAGGGUGGAGGAUUUCUUCAACCGCGGUGGAGGCACCUUUUUCCCUCAGUGGCGGGAGAGUGAAGAGCAGAAGAGAAAUCUCUUGUCCGCGGCUGGCUUUUGGAUAUUUCCGCGGGGACAUUUGAUACUCUAG